AUGCAACCACCAACCAAUACUCUGCAGCAUCAGAUUCUAAGAUUGGAAGCACUCCUGUCGUCCAAUCAAGAAUCACAGACUACACCACCAGCGUAUUCCGCCACUAAUCCCAUGGCGCCAGUCCUCUACGAAGACCAUUCGGCAGAUGAAGAGGAUUACGGCUACCCUGCAUCUCGACCAGGACCCAUCACAAUUAACAUUGACGCUUCACUGAGGAUCGAAGGCCAGGCAAACACCAUUGUGCUCCCACCCGCCUCGUCGCCAGUAUCAUCACCUUCCUCAUCUACCAAACCCCCGCCGGCAGCAAUGUCCUCGCAGCCAUCCUGCCAGCACGGACGUGUAGAGAAAGUCACCAGCAUGGUUCUCACCGCCCUCAAAGAAGCCAAGAUCUUCAGGAGUACGCAAGGCAUGGACGGUCAGACGACGACGACGACGAGGCCGGUAGAUAUCAGCGUCAAUGCGGGCAUCGUCGUGAAAGGAAGCAAGAAUACAAUCUGUUCGGGGUUGCCGAAGCUGAUGAAGGGGAACGGUGCUCCGGCAGCUGCAAGAGACAAGGCAAACUUGAAGAUGGGAGAGGACGGUGUGGCAGCCGAGACGCGGAAGCGCAGAGCUUGUUCUGAGCCUCCUGAGACGUCGACGCCGAAGAAAUCGCGCCUGCCUUGA